AUGCCUUCGCACUUCGACACAAUUCAAUUGCAUGCUGGCCAAGAAAGUGCCGAUGACAACGCCAACAGACCAAGGGCAGUGCCAAUCUACGCUACCACUUCAUAUGUGUUCAACGAUUCGAAGCACGGUGCGCAGCUGUUUGGUCUAGAGACACCGGGCUACAUCUACUCUCGUAUCAUGAACCCUACCGUUGACGUGCUGGAAAAGAGAAUCGCAGCUUUGGAAGGCGGUGCAGCUGGGCUGGCUGUCGCUUCGGGACAAGCUGCUCAGACGUUGGCGAUCGGUGGGCUGGCCCACACUGGUGACAACAUCGUGUCGACUUCGUACCUAUACGGUGGUACCUACAAUCAGUUCAAAGUCGCAUUCAAGAGGUUGGGGAUUGAAUGCAGAUUUGUCGAGGGUGACAGACCAGAGGACUUCGAGAAGCUGUUUGACGAGAGAACCAAGGCCGUCUUCCUGGAAACCAUUGGUAACCCAAAGUACAACGUCCCAGAUUUCGAUCGUAUCGUGGAAGUGGCUCACAAGCAUGGUAUUCCUGUCGUCGUAGAUAACACUUUUGGUGCUGGUGGCUUCUUUGCACAACCCAUUAAGCACGGUGCUGACAUCAUUACACACUCCGCUACCAAGUGGAUCGGUGGCCACGGUACUACUAUCGGCGGUUUGAUCGUAGAUUCCGGUAAGUUUCCUUGGAAGGACUAUCCAGAGAAGUUCCCACAGUUCUCUACUCCUUCCGAUGGUUAUCACGGUUUGGUGUUCAACGAUGCGUUUGGUCCAUUGGCGUUCAUUGGCCAUGUUAGAACAGAGCUGUUGAGAGAUUUGGGUCCAGCUCUAAACCCGUUCGCUGCUUUCCAACUUCUGCAAGGUGUGGAAACCUUGUCUUUGAGAGCUGAGAGACAUGGUGAAAAUGCUUUGAAACUGGCCAACUGGUUGGAAAACUCUCCAUACGUGUCCUGGGUAUCCUAUCCUGGUUUGGCUUCUCACUCCCAUCACGAGAAUGCUAAGAAGUACUUAACCAAUGGUUUUGGUGGUGUUCUUUCCUUCGGAGCCAAGGAUCUACCAAACGGCGCUGAAGCAGAAUCAGAAGAUCCCUUUAAGGCAGCUGGCGCUAGGGUCGUCGACAGCUUGAAACUGGCUUCCAACCUAGCGAACGUCGGUGAUAGUAAGACUUUGGUCAUCGCUCCAUAUUUCACCACACAUUUGCAAUUGACAGAAGAAGAAAAAUUGAGCUCUGGUGUUACAAAAGAUUUGAUCCGUGUGUCUGUGGGCACUGAGUUCAUCGACGAUAUAAUCAACGACUUCCAGCAGGCUUUUGAGACUGUGUACGGUAAGAAGUAA